GAUGAAUUUCAUCUCGAUUUUUUACGUGAUUUUAUUCUAUUUUUGGAAUGUUUUUCUGUCAGCGGACGCUACCGCUAUGCUCAAACCCUCACAUAGAGGAACCAUGUGGACACGUACAAAUUAUAAUUCGGCGGGAUAUAAUUAUAUGGGAAUUAACUGUGGAGGAAUAGGUAGAAUGAAACAAAACAAUGGAAAAUGCGGAUUGUGCGGAGAUCCAUUUAACGGACCACGAAAACAUGAAUCUGGCGGGAAAUAUGCCACUGGCGCCAUUGCUGACGUCAUAGACAAAGGUCAAAGGAAUAUAUAUGUUAAAAUUUUACUAAAUUCUGACCAAGGUGGAUAUUUUGAGUUUCAUCUUUGUGUUACAAAUGGAACUGCUGAGACGAAGGCAUGUUUUGAUAAACAUUUGUUAAAGAUAAGUGAAGGUCGAACCCAAGGUGACCAAUUCGCAUAUUACGUGGACCGUGCUGGAAUUAUUCCGUUAACUGUAGAGGUACCCGACGGGGUUUAUUGCGACAGGUGCGUGUUGCAGUGGAAAUAUGUUACAGGUAACACAUUUGGUCGCGAUGAGCAUGGUGUUGGUUGUCUCGGCUGCGGUCAUCAAGAAACUUACAUCAACUGCGCAGAUAUAACAAUAAAAGGAUGGGAGAUACCCACAACUCCGGUGCCCCCUACCACACCAAUACCAACAACUGUGUGGUGGACAACAACUGUCGCGCCGACAACCAGGCCGCCACCUCCUCCGCCAACCACAACAACUCCCACGCCAACAACCCGAGCACCUUCAACCACUGCUGCAAAGGUCGUUCAAAUAACGAAAGCGAAGGUGAUCACCAAAAAUACACAACCCUCAAACAGACAAUUUACAAGGCAAAGGAGACCUGCCACUGAUUUCGAUGAAGGCUCGAGGCGUCGAUCGCAAUACAACCGCUACCCAGAUGCGCAAGGGUCAGUUCCAGCACAGGCAGUUGCGCCAAAGACACAAGCAAUUGUUCCGGCGAGUGUUUUUCGAUCUAAUUCUCUUGAUUCGUCUCAGAAUCGUCAAACGGAUAUCGCUGUUCAACCUAAGGCGCAACCUGCUGUUGCUAUAGUUCCAGAAAAAGUAGCAACUACAACUGUAAAAAUUUUACCAGAAGUAAAGGAAAUAAAACCAUCAAUUCUGCCAAAAAGGCAAAGUGGGCCUUUUAAAAUUCCUCGACCUCCGAGGUUGACUUUUGAACAAAUUGAUGCUCUGAACAACAAAAAUAGACAACCUGGCCAUGAUCCUUUACAGAAAUAUGCAAAUGUUGGCUCUAGCCGCCUUAUUGCGGCUGCAGAUUUUACCACAGUACGUGCACAACAAGUUGCCACUCCGCCUACAACGUCAAAGUUAGAUAAAUUCAACCAAAGGUCUACUGAUUCAACAGUAAACAUUCAUAAGGUUGCAAAAAGUGCACUCUCGGCUGAAAAAACACCGGAUUUAUUCAGCAGCUUUGGAAAUGAAAUGCUGGGUGCUCCACCUCAACUCGAAUCAGCAGCGCAACCAACUCAAAAUUUUGGUAUGGAUUUGAUUAAUGAAUAUGGUAUAAUACCGAGUGUUUCUCCAAGAGGAAAGUUUGUAAGUCAAAUUAAAGACAGGAAUAACAACAGAGGGACGCAUUUCAAUGAAGUUUCCCAAAAUAUGAAUCAUUUGCAGAAAAAGACACAAGGCAAUCGUCAUUUUUCAGCGGGAACAAUUGACUUACAGCAAGAUAGUUCUUUAUCCUCAAAUCCUCGAUACCAGCCACAGUCUCAAACUAGUAUGCAGCAAAUAUCCCAGGAUCGUUAUACACUCAAAGCGAAACAAUCAUAUUCUCCAGAGCAAUUAGGUACCGCCUAUGUGCCUGAAACCAAUAUAUUUCGUGGAAGUGAAUCACAAACGGGUUUCCGUAAUAGCAAUCCUAACCAAAAUGUUUAUAACACCGGGUCAGUUUCCCGGUACGGGCAGAUGUCAAACAUGGAUUCAAAUAGUAACACAUACAAUCAACAUAAUAAUAAUAAUAAUAAUCAACAACAACAACAGCAUAAUUUUUUUAAUCAAAAAGCAAUGCCCAUGAAGACAACAAAGCUGCCCGUGGUAGACACUUCUACACACCAAACAGAAAAGAAGACUAAAUCUCAUAGUAUUGCACCAUGGCGCGAUCAACAUUUAAAAUUAAGUAGACAGGAAAAUGCCCAAAGCCUGCAAGAUAAGCCAGUUAACUUGUUUAAAGACAAAAAACGAAAUAAUUUUAAGCCCCCUGUUGUUUUUGAGAGAUUUACAAACUAUCAGGUUGGUGGAAGCAAAAAGGAACCGAAUAUCGUACCAGAAAGUUUGCUGAAAGCUAAUCAGAUACGGAAGCAGGAAACAUUACAACACACAGUGGUUUCAAAUGACAGUCAUCACUUAAAUACGGGGUUACACUCUCCGGAACAGUAUUUCGGUCAAGACCACUAUAUUGCACACGAUGUUGAACUUAGAAAUCAAGCUUUUGGAGGCCCAAAUUCACCAGAUUAUCAACCUCAGGUUUCGCAAAAUGUUGGUCAGGUUAAAGACUCACAUGUCCAAACUGGCUGGCAAUCACAAGGAUCGCAAUUACAAGCCGAUUGGCAAUCAUCACAACAGGUAGCACAAUCGCAAAACGGAUGGCAAUCUCAACAGAAUUCACCUUUACAAGGCGAUUGGCAAUCACAACAGGAUGCAGCAAUACAAGGCGGUUGGCAAUCUCAACAGGCAUUACCGUUACAAAUUGAACAACAAUCGCAAAGUAACUGGCACUCAAAUGCAAUGUCGCAAACACAAGGAGGUUGGCAAACACAUGAUACCUCACAGUCAUUUGCAAACGAUCAUUUGAAUGCAGCUCUUCAUUCUCCAACAAAUUAUUUCCCUCAAUUUAUGCAACAGGGUCAACCCAUGAAUAUGCCUUACCAACCUUUUUGGAAUCCUACUGCAGCACCUGAGCCACCCACCACGACUACACAGCGUACUACUACUACUACAACAACAACAACUACACAGGCGCCGACGACUACAAGACGACCUACAACACAAGCAGCACCAACAACAGAUAUCAUACAGUAUCAAAUGAAUGAGCUGAAAAAACUUCGAGAGAAGAUGGAACGGCUUCAAACACUCCUGCUACAAAGGAAUAAAGGAGCAGAAGUAUCAACGUCAUUCAAUCCUACACAAAUUUCAAAGCAAACAUACAGUAAUCAACAAAUACAAAAAAGUGCAUCUCAAUCAACCGUAAAUGUUCCACAUUCGUUUAAUAAAAAUACAAUCUAUGUUGAUCCACAGAAUGCUCACAAUAAUAAUAAUAAUAUGCAACAGAAAAACAGGAAUAACGAAAUACCAACAGCAAAAAUCAGCGGACAAUACGAUGUUUUGAAACAAACUUCAACUGUACAACCAGAAAUGACUAAAGAAACCACGAAAUAUAUCCACGAUUUCAAGACACAAAUGCUGCAGUCAAUAAAACGGGCAAACGAAUAUAAAAAGCAGCAAAUGUCCCCACCAAGUGAAAAGUCUUUGCAAACCAGACAGAAUGAUAUUUACGACACAAAACCAUAUAACAACGAAAGAGCAUCGCAAGUCACAGAAGGAAACAUAAAUGAUCAUCAUCAACAACAACAAAAGACCGGAUUGCAUGGUGCUAACACGAAAGAAUCCCAUACAAAAAGAAACAACGAAGAGAAAAGACAAAAAUAUAGAAGGAUCUUAGAGUUACUCAUAGAGCGGAAAAAACAAAAGGCUGCAGAACAACAGAAAGUCAGACAAGAACAAGUUUCCCAACCACGACCAAUCUUAGAUGUAAAUCCGCCACCUCAAAAUCCUUACGAACAAUCUCUUCAGCAUAAACCUGCAUUGGCGGAAAUGAAAACAAAUUAUGUGAAAAAAGAGAGAAUAGUCCAAGAUCCAAGGAUCACAAGUGUUCGACCAGUAGAAACAAUACAGACACCUGCUACAGAAAUAGCUGCAGAAUCAAAUAUAUAUCAACCAAAUGCGGUGAAAACAACAAUAGAUAAACUUGCAGAUCGACUUGCAGCAGGUAUGGCAGAAAAGUUGUCCUCAACGGGAAAUGGUAAUGGAAGGGACUUUCAUGUAUUGCCUCUUUCAAGCGAUUCUGUAAUGGCUGCCUUACGUAAUAUUGCAGCGAAGGUUUUGAAACGUCAUAAUCAAUCAAAUACUGCAACAGGUGAAACUAACAUAGACAAGAACCAUUCGCAAAGACAUCAAAAUUAUGAAAAGCCAACUUUAGGUGAAAUACAUAUUUCAAAAGGCGUUGAGCGGCAAGAAAUUACAACUGAGUUAAACAAACAUUCACCUAAUCCAACAUUAGCUAGCCGGAUGUCUACAACAACAGAACGGAAGCGUGUGCAAACUGACGAUAUGUCGCCAGAAAAAUUGGCUAAGCGAAAAGAAUUGAUAAGAAAGAUGAAAGAAAUUAUGCUAAGAAGAAAGCAAAGGCUCCAUAUUAAUACUAAAACUAGAACUGGAAAUCAUCCGGAUGAUUCUAAGGUGAGACCGACGGAAACAAGUCAAAUAGAGAAACCAACAAUAGAUGUUAGCCAGCUACAAAGAACAACGGAUGUAAACCAAUUCAGGGCACCAAUAGAUUCUACGGAACAAAUCUUAUCAAAUAGUCCAUCAUCUAUGACAAGUAAUAGAAAAUCAGUACAAAAAGAUAACAUUUCAAAUAAUGACUGGCUGCAAAACAGUAAUGUUGAUCAAACAACUUUUACUAAUAAUCGUUCACCAGCAACUCAUAACCAAAUCCAACAAACUUCACAUAAGAAACCAAGGAGAAUACAGCAGAUCGUAACUGGAAUGUCACCAACAUCAACUCAACAGCAAUACUCAAAUAACAAUCAAAAUGAAGGCAAUAAAGCGAAAAUGCGAAUGUCACCUGAUAUUGCUAGGUCAAUGUUAUCACGAGUUAGAAGCAUGCUAGCUAGUCAAAAGACCAAUGAUGCAGGAGGUAAGAAUAUUCAAGCAAUGUCAAACAAAGACGUUCUUGUUAUGCCAUUAAAUAAAGAAAUGUUGUUUAAACUUUUACAAUCGAUGAAAAAGAAACAGGCGAACACUGGAAGAUGACGAUCCGUUUCAAUGUUAUCAUAUGAAUAGAAGUAUUUUUAUGUACCAAGUGCGCAACAGAGCUCAAAACUCCGUUAUUUCGUAUCUGAUUGGGUGCUUCAUAAAGCUGUUGAAAUUCAUUUCCCGUAUAAUUUCAAUAAUGUCAUUGAUCUUUGUGAAUUUGUUUAUUUGUCACAAGCAUCUAUAUGAUAAUAUAUGGUUGAAUCGAAGCAAGGAAUCACAAUUAUGAAACUUUGAAACGUAAUACGUGUGUGACUAGAUUUUGCUUACGUCUGCAUUAUGCUAAAUAUGUUUGAAUUUUACGACGGACACAUAAUUCAAAAUCAGAGCACGAUUUUUUACAUUAGACGAAUCGUUGACUUAUGCGUAUGACUACGCACACACUUUGAAGAUGAUUCACAUUAAUGUAAGACUGUCUUGUUAUAUGUAUAUAAAUAUAUAUAUUUAACCUGCUAUAUGGACUGUAAAGAGGAUAUUGAAUGAGUGUAGAUUUAAUACUAAAUUUAUUGAACGAGUAAUUAAAAUCAUAUUAUACUCGCAGAUUGCUCGCAUGAUAUUGUUUUAUUCAACGAUUGCAAUACAUUUAGUCUUGAAUCUACAGGAAUAUAGUAUUCUAUUUAUCACAUAUUUAAAAAAGAACGGUUUGCAGUAAAAUAAAAUAGUUAUUUUUCAGUGAUGUGCUUAUAGUGUAACGCUAACAUUAGCGCAUUAACGCUUUGUCUGUAUAUAAAUGACGUCAUGUCAAUGUGUUAUUACACUAGUAUAAUAUCGAUUUUAUUAAAUGGCUUUAUAACAAUUCUGUGUCGUAGUUUAUGUGAUAAAUAUAAUAGUAAUAUAUUAUUCAGUCUGAUGUAUGUAUUUCACAUUUUCAUUGAUAUGAGUGUCUGUUUGUUCAUCCAUCAAUAAGAUUAAAGACUAGCAGAUUUGAGCAUGUUCAGCUAACCAAAAGUUUCCUCACAAGGCCGAGUGAUCGUUAAUUAAAAUUCCGCCUAUACAUUAUCAUGUUAACAAUGUAUUUAAAUAAUGUUAUAUGCCUGAUUAAGCCAAAAGGGAAAAUCCGAACAAAAAUAAAUCGACGAAGGAAUAUUAACACUUAUGUUUCAAACCCCAUUGUUCAUAUAUUCGGAUGGUUUGGGACUUAAAAUAUUGACUUAUUAAAUCAAAAUCAAUUCUCAUCUCAUUAUGAUGUCAUGACAGUUUUUGUACAACUGUUUAGUCAGACAAUUUUGUAUUUGUGUAUUUAUUGUUUUAUUGUUGUUUACACUGUUUUACUUGCCAACGAAUUUCUUUGUUUUGGCAAGUCUAUGACGAAAUGUAUUUACAUUUCAUUAUCAACAAUAAAAGUGAUGAAAAAACCAAAA